GUGACCAUACCCCAACGGCUAGUUUUCUGAAGCGUCUCUCUCUCUCUGUUAAAGUUCCAAAUACUCUUCGAUCCGAUUUGAACCAAAUCAGAUCGGGAGGAAUCUCCGGCAAUUGAUCUCUUCUGGAUUCUUCGGAGAUUUUGUAGAGUCGGGAAGAGAUUCUGAAGAAAUUCGAUUCCAAUGGAGGCAAUAAGGGACGGAUCCAUGACACAGCAUCCAUCGACGUCCACGGUUCCGGCGGCGGCUCCGGCUCCACCGCCUUCGAAGAGGCGGCCGAGGGUGAGGGAGAUCAGUUCGCGAUUCAUGUCUCCGGUAUCUUCCUCUUCAUCUUUCUCCGCGGGCGAUCUCCAUCUGUUGACUUCGAAUUCUCCGAGACAUCACAACCACCAGAACCAGCGGUCGGUUUCGGCUCAGAGACUGAGGCGACAGUUGAAAAUGGGCGAAGGCGAUGAGAAUCGCUCGGCAGAGACUGCGCGUAGCCUCGACUCGCCGUUCCCGCUGCUGCACUCCCAACAACAUGGACCCGACGGAGGAAAAACAUCGAAGCAGAAUCAAGUGAAGCCGCUCAAGGAGAAUGGUCACCGGCUCGACACUCCCACGACAAUUGUGGUUCCACCGUCGAGAUCGCGGCUCAGCCAACAGCGUCUUCUCACGAACUCUGCGGCGACGAGACUUCUGAAAUCGAGCGGUCUAUCUUUGCCAGCCAAUGAGAUAGACGGAAACGGGGAAAACUCUAACCCUUCUUCUGCUACAGAUUCGUCUGAUCUUUUUCCAACACUUUCUUGCAGAAUCCGCACAAAGUUCUCAAUCAACUCGAAUGAAUCGCCUCUCUAUCGAUCUCUGAGUUCACCUUUAUCUAGUUGCGACGAUUCAUCUCCCUUCAGAGACAAGAAAGGUGCAGGCUUGAUGUUGCCUCCGGUGCCUCCCAAUUCGAAGCUCCAAGAUGAGACUAAGAAGCCGAGGAAGGUUUCAGGGCACUUAGAGGAAUUGCACUCUCUGAAAUUACUCCACAACCGUUACUUGCAGUGGAGGUUUUCUAAUGCAAAGGCUGAAGUCAAAAUGCAAGCUCAAAAGGCGCAGGCAGAGAGGAUGCUUUAUUCACUUGGUUUGAGGAUGUCAGAAUUAUACGAUUCGGUGGGGAAGAAACGCGUGGAGCUUCAGAGAUUGUCGAGAGUUAACGCGCUUUUAUCAAUGGUAGAAUCUCAAACACCGUGUUUGGAGAAAUGGUCUGUCAUGGAAGAGGAAUAUUCGACAUCUCUCUCGGAAGUGAUCGAAGCUUUGUUGAAUGCUUCACUACGGCUCCCUCUCAUCGGGAAUGUCAAGGUCGACACAGAAAAGCUUGGAGAUGCCAUUGCAGUGGCUACAAAGAUGAUGCAAAGCAUUGAACAUCAUGUCAGAAGCUUCAUGCCAAAGGCAGAAGAGAUGGAGGUUUUGAUGUCGGAAUUAGCAAGAGUGACGGGAAUAGAGAGAGCAUCGGUAGAAGAAUGCAGAGUAUCGCUUCUGAAGACACAAUCUUUACAGAUCGAAGAAUGCAGUUUAAGGAGUCACUUAAUCCAACACCAUGUGGAGAAUAGCAAUAGCAGAUAGAGUUUUUUUUUUUUUAAUGGUAUGACCACCUCUAUAACUUCUUAUUCCUCGUUCUUAUACCUUUAAUAUACGUGUAUAAUAUAUGUUGAAUUGUUGCAAAUUUCAUAAAACUAACCAAUCUUUCUCGUA